CCGCAGAGCCGGGUUGCUUGUCUGGGCGGCGGAGGCUGAGCGCGACCCAAGCGAGCCGCGGCGCCCGCCGACCAGGGACAGGCGGGACUCCCGGAACCCCGCUUUGCCCCGCGCGGCUGCCCCCCACUUCACUGUCGCGCGGACGCUUCGGCCCGAGCCGCCUGGGCCACGAUUCUCCUCCUCUUCCUCCCGGAGGGGAAGGAACGGAGACGGCGGAGUAGCUGCUCCGGAGAGAGCAAGCUGAGGCCCUUGCCCCUGAGGCUCGGGACUGGAGGAGGAGGAGGCGGAGGCGGAGGGAAGUGCGCGUCAUUCCCGGGAGGAGAGUGUUUCACCUCCUGGCAGAGGCUGCGGCUGCCAGUUGCGUAAAAGCGGCAGCGGCGGCAGGCCGGGGCUGGAGGGGCUCCCUGGCCAUGGAGGGAAGAUCCAGACCCUGGGACGCCAGGAGCUCGGCUCUGUGUCUUUGGACUGCUGUGUAGGCACCUGAAUUAGCCGACGCUAAGCGGGGGAGGGGAAGUGACAGUAUAUCAUGCAUGCCACUAACUCCAGGGGCCACUCCCCUGCUUUCCUGCAACCUCAGAAUGGAAACAGCCAUCGUUCAUCUGGCUAUGUUCCAGGGAAGGUUGUCCCACUGCGUCCCCCUCCUCCUCCAAAGAGCCAAGCUUCAGCCAAAUUUACCUCUACCAGACCGGAAGCCCGGGCCACCUUUGCUUUCUCAUCUGAGGAACAACAAGCCCAGAGAGAAAGCCGAAAGCAGAAGAGGCACAAAAAUACUUUCAUUUGCUUUGCUAUUACUAGUUUUUCAUUUUUUGUUGCACUUGCAGUCAUUUUAGGAAUAUCCUCAAAAUAUGCUCCAGAUGAGAAUUGCCCAGAUCAAAACCCUCGUCUCAGGAACUGGGAUCCAGGACAAGAUUCUGCAAAACAAGUUGUUAUCAAGGAGGGAGAUAUGUUCCGCCUGACCUCAGAUGCCACGGUGAACUCUAUAGUCAUUAAGGAUGGAGGACUGCUUGUAUUUGGGGACGAUAAAGAUGGAUCCAGAAAUAUUACUUUGCGGACUCGUUACAUCCUGAUCAAGGAUGGUGGGGCGCUUCAUAUUGGAGCAGAAAAUUGCCGCUAUAAAUCCAAAGCGACAAUUGCCUUGUAUGGCAAGUCAGAUGAAGGUGAAAGUAUGCCAACAUUUGGCAAAAAAUUUAUUGGUGUGGAAGCCGGCGGGACACUGGAAUUACAUGGGGCACAGAAGGCAUCGUGGACGCUGUUGGUGAGAACUCUGAAUUCCUCAGGCUUGACCUUUGGCUCCCAUGCCUUUGAAAAGGACUUUUCCAGGGGCCUCAAUGUGAGGGUCAUUGACCAAGACACAGCCAAAAUUUUGGAAAUCGAGAGGUUUGAUACCCACGAAUACCACAAUGAAAGUAGGCGACUUCAGAAAUUCCUGAGAGACCAGGAUCCAGGACGGAUUGUUGCCAUAGCUGUUGGAGAUUCAGCAGUCAAAAGCCUCUUACAAGGAACCAUACAAAUGAUCCAGGACCGGCUGGGAAGUAAGCUGAUCCAAGGACUGGGCUACAGGCAAGCUUGGGCUUUGGUUGGUGUCAUUGAUGGUGGAAGUACUUCUUGCAAUGAAUCUGUGAGAAACUAUGAGAAUCAUAGUAGUGGAGGAAAGGCUCUUGCCCAAAGAGAAUUUUAUACUGUGGAUGGUCAGAAGUUCUCUGUGACAGCGUAUAGUGAAUGGAUUGAAGGUGUUUCUCUUUCAGGUUUCCGGGUAGAGGUCGUGGAUGGAGUGAAACUUCAUCUGCUGGAUGACGUUAGUAGCUGGAAACCCGGAGAUCAGAUUGUGGUCGCAAGCACGGACUAUUCCAUGUACCAAGCAGAGGAGUUCACUCUUCUCCCCUGUCCCAAGUGCAACCGCUUCCAGGUCAAAGUCAAAGAAACGCCUCAGUUCCUGCACAUGGGUGAGAUUAUAGAUGGUGUAGACAUGAGAGCUGAGGUUGGAAUUCUUACCCAGAAUAUCGUAAUCCGAGGAGAAAUGGAAGACUCGUGCUACGCUGAAAACCAGUGCCAAUUCUUUGAUUAUGAUACCUUUGGGGGACAUGUCAUGAUAAAGAAAAAUUUUACUUCAGUCCAUCUUUCUCAUGUGGAAUUGAAACACAUGGGUCAGCAGCACCUGGGGCGGUAUCCUGUUCAUUUUCACCUGUGUGGAGACGUGGAUUAUAAAGGAGGGUACAGACAUGCAACGUUUGUGGACGGCCUAUCUAUUCAUCACAGCUUCUCAAGGUGCAUCACUGUGCAUGGGACAAAUGGCUUGCUGAUAAAAGACACCAUCGGAUUUGACACACUAGGUCAUUGUUUCUUUUUGGAAGAUGGUAUUGAACAGAGAAACACUUUGUUCCACAAUCUGGGACUCCUCACCAAACCAGGCACCCUACUUCCCACUGAUAGGAAUAACUCCAUGUGUACCACCAUGCGGGAAAAAGUGUUUGGAAAUUACAUCCCUGUGCCUGCCACUGACUGUAUGGCUGUUUCAACUUUCUGGAUUGCUCAUCCCAACAAUAAUCUGAUUAAUAAUGCAGCUGCAGGCUCACAGGAUGCUGGAAUAUGGUAUUUAUUCCACAAGGAACCUACGGGGGAAUCCAGUGGAUUGCAGCUCUUAGCAAAACCAGAACUCACUCCAUUGGGAAUAUUUUAUAACAACAGGGUCCAUUCAAGUUUUAAGGCUGGCUUAUUUAUUGACAAAGGUGUCAAAACAACCAAUGCUAGUGCUGCUGACCCAAGGGAGUACCUCUGUUUGGAUAACAGUGCAAGGUUUCGGCCUCAUCAGGAUGCAGACCCUGAAAAGCCACGUGUUGCUGCUUUAAUUGACAGGCUCAUUGCUUUUAAAAAUAAUGAUAACGGAGCUUGGGUCAGAGGAGGAGACAUUGUCGUUCAGAAUUCAGCAUUUGCAGAUAAUGGAAUAGGACUGACCUUUGCCAGUGACGGAAGCUUCCCAAGUGAUGAAGGUUCCAGCCAAGAGGUAUCUGAAUCUCUCUUUAUUGGGGAGAGCAGGAAUUACGGAUUUCAGGGUGGUCAGAACAAGUAUGUAGGCACUGGAGGAAUAGACCAGAAGCCUCGGACGUUACCCAGGAACAGGACAUUCCCAAUUAGAGGCUUUCAGAUCUAUGAUGGGCCCAUUCAUGUCACCAGGUGCACUUUCAAACAAUAUGUGCCAACUCCAGAUAGGCAUACCAGUGCUAUUGGCUUCCUCAUGAAGAAUUCUUGGCAGAUAACCCCCAGGAAUAACAUCUCCCUUGUGAAGUUUGGUCCACAUGUGUCUCUCAAUGUCUUCUUUGGAAAGCCUGGUCCCUGGUUUGAAGAUUGUGAGCUAGAUGGUGAUAAGAACUCCAUAUUCCAUGACAUUGAUGGCUCUGUGACAGGAUACAAGGAUGUUUACGUGGGAAGAAUUGACAACUACCUGAUCCGCCAUCCAAGCUGUGUAAAUGUUACCAAAUGGAAUGCAGUGGUGUGCAGUGGGAACUAUGCCCAGGUCUAUGUGCAGACAUGGAGCACUCAGAAUCUGACUAUGACCAUCACACGAGAUGAGUAUCCAGCCUACCCUAUGGUGCUCCGGGGAAUUAACCAGAAGGCAACCUUUCCACAGUACCAGCCUGUGAUCAUGCUGGAGAAGGGCUACACCAUCCAUUGGAAUGGGCCAGCACCGAAGACUGCUUUUCUAUACCUCAUAAACUUCAACAAGAAUGACUGGAUUCGAGUUGGGCUCUGCUAUCCGUCAAACACAAGUUUUCAGGUUACCUUUGGCUUUCUUCAGCGGCAUAAUGGCUCAUUAUCCAAAAUGGAAGAGUAUGAGCCCUUGCAUUCGCUGGAGGAAUUGCAGAGGAAACAGUCUGAGAGGAAAUUCUAUUUUGACUCCAGCACGGGGUUGCUGUUUUUGUAUCUAAAAGCCAAAAGCCACAGGGAUGGUCACAGUUACUGUUCAUCUCAGGGAUGCGAAAGAGUCAAGAUCCAGGCAGCAACAGACUCCAAAGACAUCAGUAACUGCAUGGCCAAAGCGUAUCCCCAGUAUUACAGAAAGCCAUCAGCACUCAAGCCGAUGCCAUCCAUGCUCAAGGGACGCUGUCAAGGCUGCGGAACCCGUCAGGUGGUGUUUACAAGUGAUCCUCAUAAAAGCUACCUCCCUGUGCAAUUCCAGUCACCCAGUCAAGCAGAGACUCAGCGUGGAGACCUGUCUGUUAUUUCUUUUGUUAGCUCAACAUCUCAAUGCAGUCAGCUGUAUGAGGAACCCAUCCCAGCCUACUUGCGUGGAAUCUGGUGGGUGUCAGUUGCAAAGAUCAACGGCACUGACUUUACCUUCCGAAGUGAGGGCGUCUUCCUCCUGGUUGUGGAUGCCUGCAGUGUUCCCUUCCGGUUGAUGGAGAAAAAGGUUUUCUCUUUUGCUGAUGUCAGUCUCAUGGAAGAGUAUUUAAAAACAAGCAUCCCUCCAAGGUCAAUUGUCCUGUUGAGCACAAGAGGAGAGAUAAAGCAGUUGAAUAUUUCAGAUUCGUUAGUAUCUCUGGGAUUAGCCAAACCAGCCAAUCUUUAUAACAAAGGGAGUACCAUAUUUUUGGGAUUCAGUGGAAACUUCAAACCAUCAUGGACUAAGCUGUUUACUAGUCCUGCUAGAGAGGGCCUUGGGCUGCUUGAACAAUUCGUACCUUUGCAGCUGGACGGAUAUGGUUGUCCCAGAGCUGGCACGGUCCGCCGAAGAGACUUGGAGCUGUUGAAGCAAACUUCAAAAGCACAUUAGAGACUAACUGUAACUUAGCUGGGGGAAAAAAUGUGAACUAACUUAUUUAAUUUAUGGCAUUUUAAAAUGACACUGUUAACCCAACGGAACUAUUUUCCUGUUUGAUACAGAAAGGGGAGAAAAGAAAGAAUUUAAAGUGAUUGCUUGAAUAUGGGCUCACGCACCUUCUAGUUGUACAAAAUGUUAAAGAAUUUAUUUGUAUUUGUUAGGCUGGUAUAUUUCAGAGAUCAGUUCUCUUAUUCCUCACCUCCCACUCCUGUGUUUUGUAGUGACCAUAAGCAGUGCUUCACCUUUUGUACAAUGGGAUGUCUUGGGGGAGGGAGGGGGCUUCUGAGAGUCAGCCUGAGUCCUUGAGAGGACCAGCUCUUGUAGCACCUUGGAUACUUGAAGUCUAAUGCUCAGUUGUGUUGUUGACUUUGGGUCAGCAGUUGACCUGCGUGGCUGGCAUGUUCAGGAAUGCCUUGGGCCCUGGUUCCAGGCAGCCUUUGAGGAUUUGGUAUGAUACUGAAUGGUAGAGUUUUAAGUGGCAACUCAGGCCCAGCUCAUGCCCUUUUUUGCCUGGACAUGUGCUAUUUUUAUUCAUUUGUAUAUGAUUCCUUCUAAGGGUUCAACUUUCAAACAAGAAGUAUGGAAUAUAUUGGGACAAAGGGCUUUUAGGAGUUAGACAUCCCUUUAAUCUGUGACCAUUGGGAAAAAAUUUGACCUGCACCAUGGUCUGAUGUUGGUGGGGCCAUUUUUGCAGCUUUAAUCUUUAGCCUGUUUUGACUGUAUAUUUGUAUUUAAAAUGCAGAGCUGAGCUAAAUAUUUACAUUUUUUUAAAAAAGAAGCAGGCCAUUUUCCUGAACUAUAAACUUGGGUCAUUUCAACUUGCACAAAGGAAGUCUGUUCUUGGAGUUUCUCCUGCACCCAGUUUUUUUUUGUGUGUGUGUGUGUGGAUUUUUUUUUAAGCCUUACUGCUCACCAACCUGGCAGGACAAUUGCAGAAACCUUAAUGAUACCCACAAAAUAUUGUACUCAGGGGGAGAAAAAAAGGAGAGCCUUUUAAGGGCCAGAAUCAUGGAGGGAAUAUUCAGAAACCUUUUUUUAGCCUUAGAGGAAUCCGUUACUCUUAACUAAAUUGUUAGAGCCAAUUAAAAAAAGACACUGUGAUGCCAUAUUUUUCUUCCCCCUAGGUGCAUGCAUCUCCUGCCAGUGAGCACUGCAUGUGGCAAAAAGAUUGCUGCCACAGCCUGGGAUGUCACCACACCAAGAGGAAAGAAGCAUUGUAAUGCCUUUACCUUUUCCUAAACCCACAAUGCAUGAAGUGUAGUGGAGGGAUGGCCAUGGCAAGACGGGAGGGAGUAUGUUCAGGUUGACUUUGGCAGUGAGUACAGACAAAUUCACUUUUCUCUACCAAGAGCAAUGGCUGAUGGCCUGUCCUUUUCUGUCCAAGAGAAACUGCAGAGCAGCUCUGUGACUUCUAUUACUUUAUAAAAUAUGCUACCUCAAAGUGCUACCGAUAAACCUUUCUAACUGUAAGUGCUCUUGCUAAGGGCACAUGUCUUAAAGUUUAGGUUUUGGGGUGUUUUUUUUUUUGUAUAUCGAUGAAUGAAAUCUCCUAUUAAAUAUAUUAUUGGAUCAUCGUUCCUCAAGGUGAUUAAAGUUUGUGUGUGUGUGUGUGUGUGUGUGUGUGUGUGUGUGUGUGUGUUUUAUGACCAAUAUCUUUUAUGUGUGAUUUUUAGAGUUUGGCUCUUUAAAGAUUUGGAGAGGAUAUGUACGUUCUAAGGCACUCAGUUUUUCUGCUUUAUAUGCUAAUGAUCAGGGCCUAAGUAAAAUAAAUAAAAAUAUGCGUGCAUGUAUAUUUUUUUA